CGUGGCCAAACGUCACGAAGGCGUGAGUGUGUCAUGAAUCCCUUCCAGGUUGUGUUUUACAAACCCGUCUGUCUUCCUGUUACGAGCAGUGCAUACUGACAAGUUACGCCACAUUCAGGGCUUUGAAAGAAAGCGAUAACGUUUGUGGCAGUCGGCGCGGCGUUAAAAGGAACGGGAAGAAGAGUUUGGGGGAAGUUAUUAGAAUAAGCACGCGCGACGCUAUGAGAGGACUUCCCAGAUAAUGUGAGCUGCUGCCUCGAGUCCAAAGGUUGCUUUUUUAACCUAUCCAAAAUGAGGUUUAGGUUGGCUAAAAAGAAUCUGCUCGUACUUUUGGGUAUUUCCUUUGUCGUUUGGACUCUGUUGGUUUCCACGAGUGUGCUGUCAGUAUCAGAGAACAGCACCAGUAAUCAGAUUGACAAGGGCGCACACUCAAGUGACUUGGUAAAGUUGGACUUCUCUGGGUCGCUGUCAAAACUGACGAAAUCUGUCUACAGAUCCAAUUUUAAGCAGCAUGUUUUAAAUGCUGAACGCUUUCCUGGCGAACCUCAGCUGGUGCUGGUUGUGCAGGUCCACAACAGACCGGAAUACCUCCAACUUCUCAUCUACUCUCUGGAGAAAGCAGCGGAGGUCCAUAGAUUCCUUAUCAUCUUCAGCCACGACUAUUUUUCAGAGGAAAUCAACACCAUUGUGCAAGGGAUCACUUUCUGCAAGGUACUGCAAAUUUAUUUCCCAUUCAGCACUCAGCUGUAUCCCAAAGAGUUUCCUGGGCAGGAUUCACGGGACUGCCCACGGGACAUUGCCAAAGACGAAGCCAUUGAAUUAGGAUGCCUCAAUGCAGAGCACCCUGACUCUUAUGGCCACUACAGAGAAGCCGACGUUACUCAAACCAAACAUCACUGGUGGUGGAAGUUGCACUUUGUGUGGGAGCGAGUGCAGGCAAUGCAGGGCUACAGUGGAUUUGUAGUAUUUCUGGAAGAGGAAAACUACAUUUUACCAGACUUUUUUCAAUUCUAUAAAUCAAUGAUUGAGUUCAGGGAAAACAACUGCCUGGAUUGUGAUUUUCUAUCUUUGGGAAACCAUAACGACUUUAAAGACUUCCCCACAUUGUCUAACAAGCUAUUGACCACUGGGUGGAUGUCCGUAAAACACAGCUUAGGCAUAGCUAUCUCCAGAGAGAUGUACUACAAGAUGAUGGGCUGCAGCAACGACUUCUGCACUUAUGAUGAUUACAAUUGGCACUGGACUUUGCAGCAUCUUUCUGGUAACUGCAUUUCAAAGCCUUUUAAAGUGCUUGUGGCUCAGGGCUCGAGGAUUCUUCACACAGGUGAAUGCGGGCUGCGCCAGAAGCAAAACUGCAGGCCGGAAUGGGCCUCACAGCGGGUCGAGGAGGUGCUUAAGAUGGUAAAAGAUAGCCUUUUCCCUCCUUCUCUCGUCCUGACUAGUUCUGAAGAACCCAGAUCCAAGAAACUUAGAAAUAAUGGAGGCUGGGGAGAUGUCCGAGACCAUCGUCUAUGCAAUAACUAUGCAAAACGUCUGUAAGCAGUGCCUUAUUUGUCAUGUUUUUUUUUUCCCCCUUUGAAUGUCUGUGUUGCACAUUUUCUGAAAUAUACAUUCACCAGUUAAGACUUUGAAAGUAUAUAGUUUUUUUUUUUUUUUUUUUUAAUAAGGUGCCAUUUGUGUCCGCAUUAUAAAUUACGCGGUAUUUUCACUUAAGUUGGACUUUACUCAUUCCACUUAUUUUUGUGUGUGUGUCUGUAUUACCUACUAUAAGAAAUUUAAGGGUACGGGCUCCUAAAUUCUAUUUUUGUUCGUCCCCAGUGUCACUGUCCACUCUGUUAUGUUAGUGUCCCUUUAAGAAAAUUCCCUAUUUGAUUGUAGCUUUGCAUGUAAUGCAAAAGCAAUUUGAUGGUCGCUUUGCAUGUAAUGAGAAAGCAACCAUCUAUGUUAUUAUUAUUAUUUUUUUUUUUUUUGAAUGGCAUUUCUUCGGGGCACCGCACAGCCCAAACCGUUUGGCCCAUUGACACUCUUCCAAUACCAUAAUGACCAGAAAUCUUGUGCGACACAGGGAAUCUUUUGAAUGACCCCUGCCAAAACGCAGGUUUUUGGGGAUUUUUGUUUUGUUUUGUUUGUUGUUUUUGUUGUUGUUUUUUUUUCAAUGGAUUAAAAAUGUAGGACUAGAUAUAAUUCACAUAAAUCAUACAUCAAAACUUGAACGAAGAAUUUGCCAAAAACCUAUGAUUCCCUCAAAAUUGACCCCAAAACCUUCCCAUUCGUUUCUAAUGGGAUGCCAUUGCCAUGUACGUCGUUCCAUUCAUUUUUAAUGGCCAAAAUUUGCCCUUCAUUUUCAAUGGCAGAAAAAUACGGGUGGUUGUCAUUUUUUACCAGAAACUUAUCAUUACAGCCUAUUGAUAUUCAACUGGUGCCCAAGCAAGUCGAUGCAACUGACAGCCAUGCACGUCCAUGCCAUUGAUAACCAUGUACGUCCUUGACAAUGACGGCCAUGUAUAUCGAUGCCAUUGACAGCCAUGUAUCUUGAUUCUAUUGACGCCAUGUAUGUAGGUGCCAUUGACGGCCAUGUAUGUUGAUUCUGUUGAUGCCAAUGUGCUUGGAUUCCAUUGAUAGCCAUGUAUGUCAAAAUAUCAACAGAAAAUUACCUGAUAUCAAUUGAAAGUGACUAUAAAUGUAUCCAAAUCAGUAGGAAGUGACCUGAAAUCAGCAGGACAUGACCCCUAGGGGUUUGCCUGCGAAAGCAAAGCUACCAUCGCAAUUUCUUCAGAAAUUGCAUUUUCUAGUUAUUAAUGACGUCACUCUCCAGUGGCAGGAAAUUCAACUGUGGUAAGCAAUUUAUUGUUGCAGUUUUACGUGUCCACUCUGUUAAAGCUAUAUAUUAAAGACAUUAUUUCAACUGAAUCAUUUCAAAAGGUUAAUUUAUAUAAUUAUAGUUUUCUCAUAAAGUAUCUGAAGUCAUGUUAGCUCUUAUGCUAGCAAAGCUAGGCUGAGGGCUAACUCACUAAAUGUCCCCUCUGUCAGUGUCCACUCUGUUACACCAAAAUGGCACCUUAUUAAAAAAAAUAGUUUGUUAACGUUUGGUAGGUUUUUACAUUUAAAAAAAUUACAAGCACAUUAAUUGCAGCAUAUUGUACAUAGACUUGGUUGAGCUCUUUUUGUGCAUUGCUCAUUUGACAUACAUCACCUAUGGUCCGCUGUUGCCAAAGACUUAAUGUGUGUAUGAUGAACUUCAUCUGUGAUUGGCUACCAUCCAGUUCAGGGAAGCAGUAUAGGAGAUAGGGGGAGUAUUAUGUCUUACAAGCCAUGAUUCCCUUGAGUAUUUGUUUUCAAUGUUUUUCUUUCCAUAAUUGACCAGCAUGUUUUACACAAGUAUGACAUGUCUUGCACUGCUUCAUUGAUUUUUUGUGUGUGUGUGUGUAUGUAUGUGCUUUUAAUGGUACAAUUCCAAGAGGAGUUAUAAGGGCACACAUUGAAAUGUUAAACUGAUGCACAUAAGUCAAAUUUAGUUUCUGAAUACAGUGUAGAUCCUGUGCCAGCAGACUGUAGUCCAGGUUAUUCACUGGACCCAAUGCCCUCCAUGUUUGUUCCCUUCUGUGACAAUCACUGAUUGCAACAAUGUGAGCAAGUGUUAUUGAUUUUUACGUUACUCGGUGUUUACACUAAAAACAGGAAAGACAUGUACUUGUGGAACCUUGUCCUAAAAGCUACAUUUGUGAUUGAAAAACAAAAUGAGAAUGCAUUCAUGCCAAAGUAAAACUGAGAAGUUAACAUGUUCAUAUCAAUCAUGACCAAAAGUGCCUUUAGUUUUUUGUGCCUCAGGCAGCCCGUUAUCAACAAAGCACUUUGUAUUAGCCAUAAAUUAGAAGAAGGGGAUGAAUGCAAUUUUGAAUUAACAGUGACAUAUUGUUUGUGAUGCAGUCAGAAACCCAAGAUGGCGCAGUAAUGGAGCAUUUUGAGAUUCAUUUGAGACUCAAAUUAUUGUCAUUCCUGACAACAUUAUACCACACAUACUGUCAAUCACUGUGUAUGACAUUAAUCAUUCAUGUGAUGAUAAUGUGACUUUUAUUUUUUUUCUUGGCCGAAUUCCGAACAUUAAUUUUAGUAGACGAUUGUUGAUCUUUUUUCACUAAACGGAGUGUUGUAGAUUUCCUUUUUAGUCUGUGAUUAAAAACAUUCUGUUCAUGAGGAUUGACUGAGUACCUGUGUUUAAAAUGCAGUAAUCGUUUCAAUUUUAAUACUGUUGUUCUUUAAAAUUAUGACAUUUCUGUGUGAAAAGACAUUUUAUGGAAAACUUAAGUUCCUGUUGAUUGUUCCCAUAUUCAAACUUUUUGUUCUCCUGAGUGCACCCCCACCAAUCUAGUGUGAAAUUACACAACCAAGUUUCGUUUGCUAUUUCCAAAAAUGUCUUUGUUGAUCAAGUCUGGAAUUUUGCCCUGCUGUGAGGUAACAGUGUGGACAGUUCACAUAAGAACCCAUAACUGUACACAGAGUUCAUGUUCCUCAAAGGCUGAUUCUGGUAACAGAAAAGAUGCCAUUUUUGGAGAAUUCUGUAGCUUCACUGUGCUGUAUGGUAAUCACCUUUGGGUCACUUCCUGUUGAUUUUGGGGUGAAUUCCUAUUGAUAUCAGGCCACAAUUUUUGGCUGAAGACUGAGAAUAUGGAGACCCAUAUUUCAAUAAAUCUGUUAACUGUUUUAUAAAUAUCACUAUGAAAGUGCGAUAUCUUCAUUAAAUAUAUUAAUUCCAGGACUAUUAA